AUGGACCCAGAAGAGAUCCAAAAACUUGUGGAUCAGUUGAAUCUAUCGGAGGAUGAGGAGUCAACGAUUAACUUAUCUCCUAAAUUGACCGAUGAACUCCGUUUUACUUCGAAACACCGUUUAGUGGGGAGAAUAUUUGCUGCAAAGCACAUUAACAGAGAUCUGUUGUUGUCGCACCUUUCUAAUAUUCUUUCCCCAAAAUCUCGUAUGGAGGCUGAAGUGGUGGGACCUAAUGUUUUCGUGGUCAAUUUCUCAUCUCUAGACGACAAGGGCCACGCACUCCAUGGUGGACCGUGGCAUUUCUUUCAGGAUCUUCUUCUUUUUGCUGAUAUCGAAGGAUUCCAGAAACCGUUUGCGGUCUCCUUCGAGGAAUUCUCGGGAUGGAUCCAGUGCCAUAACUUACCAGUGGCCUGUAUGCAUCCUGAUGUUAUCAGAAAAAUUGGUGAGGGUAUUGGCCGGGUGGAGGAGAUUGAUCUGAAUGCUGGGGGUCAAUGUCUUGGUCGUUUUGCUAGGGUGAGGGUUUCUUGGCUUUUAUCAAAACCCUUAAAGAGAUGCAUGCGGUAUUUAUUGCGGUAUUGUCAAGAACCACGAGAUGGGAAGGCCGCUCUUAAAUAUGGCAACUGGCUUAUGGCUCCCAAAGCGAAUGAGGCGAGACGCAGGCCGACUGGGAGAGGUUCUAACUAUAAUAAAGCCACUCCCAGUACCAUUAAUAAGGUCAACUCCCAAAUUUUUACCUCACCUAAACAGGGGAAUAGUUUGCAAAUCUGUGAGGGACCAAGUACUCAUGUUGAGGCCCCAGCUGAUACACCCAAAGAGGGUCCAGGAGAACAGGAGGAACUGGAUCCAGCGGAACACGGGGUUCAUAAGGGUAAUGAGACCCUAGCACUGAUUGAGCAGCAGGCUUUAGGGGAGUUGGAAUCAUCUGGUGCGGUGAAGGAAAUCAUCUCUGCUGACUUUAAAGUCAAUGGGAUUAAAAAGAAUCCUAAGUGGAAGAAAAGAGCCAGAGGGCUAUCCGAAGGUCGCUGUAAUAAAUGGAAAUUUAUCCUUGAUUUCGAUGGUCACUUUGUUGUGAACCCUGUGGGGAAAAGUGGAGGUUUGAUGCUUUUUUGGAAAGAUCUGAUGGUGGUGGAUAUUAAGAGCUUUUCGAUGGGGCAUGUUGAUUGCUUCGUUACUGUAAAUGGGAAUAGAUGGAGGUUCACUGGCUUAUAUGGAAAUCCUGAUUUAGCCAAACGUAAUCAUUCUUGGGAGCUUCUUAAUCGUCUUGGACAGCUUGGUAGUGAUUGCCCUUGGCUACUGGGGGGAGAUUUCAACGAGGUCUUGAGUCAACAUGAGAAGAAAGGAGGUUUGAGGAGAUCUUGGUCUCAAAUGGAGGGCUUUAGAAAAGCCUUGGAUAGAUGUGGCCUUAGGGCGAUUAACAAUAAUUCAGAGUUUACCUGGCACAAUCAAAGACAGGGAGAUAAUGCGAUUUAUGAGCUUCAGGACAGAUUCUUCACCAAUGAUUCUGGUAUUAGGCUCUUUGGUCGUAGGUCUGCCGAUGUUCUUGACUCCUAUGGUUCUGAUCACCGGCUGAUUCGGUUUGGUUUUGAAAAAGGUAAGGCUGGAAGAAGGGGAGGGGGCUAUAAACGGUUCUUUUUUGAGCAGAAAUGGAUGUUGGAUGACACGUUCACAGCAGAUGUCCUCUCUAGUUGGCAUGAAAUCAGAGGUCUGCCUCUCCCUGACCGCCUCUUACAUUGCCAACAAUUCUUGAGAAAAUGGGGGUCUUCUAUCUUCCAGAAUCCGACGAAGAAAUUGGAGGAAUUUACUAAACGACAGAUUGAACUCCUCAACAAACUGGGAGAGAGAGGAUCUAACUCUGAGUUCUGUGAGCUCAAUAGUAUUAUUGAGAGACUAAAUACGAAAUACUUUCAUAAGUUUGCUUCGGACCGUAAGAGGAGAAAUAAUAUCGAGGUUCUUCUUGAUGCUUCCGGACAGAGCCAAUCGAACGAAGGGGAUAUUGCCCACAUUAUUCAGGACUUUUUUCAGGAUUUAUUUACUUCGGAGAAUCCAUCACAAGAGGAUAUUCUGGCAGUUACAAAGAAAAUUUCCAAGAAGUUCGGGGAAACGGAGUUUAAAUCUUUGGCUGAGCCUUUUUCGAAGGAAGAGGUGCGUAAGGCUGUCUUUCAAAUGAAUACGCAUAAAGCCCCGGAUCCCGAUGGUUUUCCUCCUGUUUUCUUCCAAAAGUACUGGGGUGAGAUUGGUAGCGCGGUCACUAGAGAAGUUCUGGAGGUUUUGAACGGAGAAAACUCGGUCAGCGACUGGAACAAGACUCUCAUUGUGCUUAUCCCGAAGGUGAAGAAUCCGAAGACAGUGGGGGAGUAUCGUCCUAUUAGUCUAUGUAAUACCAUUUAUAAAAUCGUUACCAAAACUUUGGCAAAUCGGAUCCGGAGGGUGUUGGGAGGUGUGAUUGACGAUUCUCAGAGUGCGUUUGUGCCAGGCCGACUGAUCUCGGAUAACAUUUUGGUUGGGUACGAAUGCAUGAACUGGCUCAAAAAUCAAAAGAAUGGUAAGCAAGGCUUUGCAGCGGCCAAGCUGGACAUGAGUAAAGCUUAUGAUCGUAUCAAGUGGGGUUUCUUGGAAUCUAUCUUGACGGAGAUGGGGUUCCCUCCGCAUCUGCAGAAAGUUAUUUUGGAUUGUAUAUCUAUUGUUAACUUCUCUUUUGUCGUUAAUAGCAGGAUUUAUGGGUCGGUCUCUCCUUCUCGGGGCUUUCGCCAGGGGUGUCCACUUUCCCCCUUUCUCUUCGUCCUUUGUGCUCAGGGGCUCUCUGCUCUUAUCCAAGAUUCUGUCCAGAAAAAACUUUUUCAGGGAGUUCGGGUGGCUCGGGCUAGUCCAGUGGUUUCCCACCUUUUCUUUGCCGAUGAUAGCCUGUUGUUUUUUGAUGCAAAUGCAGGAGGUGCGAAGGCAAUCAGAGAUGUUUUUGUGUCCUAUUCCAGGGCCUCGGGACAAUUGGUGAAUUUUGAGAAGUCUGCAGUUUCUUUCAGUCCUUGUUCGUCGAGAGAGGAUAUGAAUGAUGUUGUGGCCUUCCUGGGCAUCAAAGAGACGCAGGGCCACUCUAUGUAUUUGGGAUUGCCAACUCUUAUUUUGAGGCAAAAAAAAAAACUCCAGUUUGAUUACCUCCGAGAUCGGGUCAGCAAGAAGUUCUCCUCUUGGAAAAGUAAGUUCUUUUCGGCAGGGGGUAAGGAAAUUCUUUUGAAAUCCAUUAUCCAAGCAAUGCCCACCUAUGCGAUGAGCUGCUUCCGUAUCCCCCAAGCGGUGUGUGACGAUAUUGAAAGAGAUUGUUGUAAUUUUUGGUGGGGGAGCUCUGGGGAUAAAAAAUCGAUGCAUUGGAUGUCUUGGAAGAAACUUUGUAACCAGAAAUCUAAGGGCGACAUGGGGUUUCGUCGUCUCGAUGCGUUUAAUAGAGCCCUCCUUGCCAAACAGGCCUGGAGACUUAUCAAAUUUCCUGAGUCAUUGAUCGCUCGGAUUCUUAAAGGUCGGUACUACAAAGAUGGUGAUGUCUUGGAAGCUAAAGUUUCAUGCAACGCGUCUUAUGCUUGGAGAUCGAUUUGCUGGGGUAGCGGGUUGUUAAAAGGAGGAAUUAGAUGGAAAAUUGGGAAUGGGCUUUCUGUUGGAGCUUUUUCUGAUUCUUGGAUACCAAAUGAAGUUGGACAACCGCGUGUGAGGGAUUCUCGGUUUGACUCUCCGGUGCUGGUUGCAGAUUUUUUGAAGGAGGGGAAGGAGUGGGAUCUGUCCAAGUUGUUGGCUUCUUUUCUACCCCACGAGGUGGCUGCUAUCUCGUCCAUUGAUAGAAAAAAUCCUGCUGUUGGGGAUGAGAGAUUCUGGAGAUUUGAUGAGAAGGGUCGAUAUUCGGUGAAAUCCGGAUACCUCUUCGAGGUUGGUUACUACAAGGGGAACGAGUCCACGUCGUCGGUCGAUCAUAAAAAGUGGUGGAAUUGUAUUUGGAAAGCUCAAAUCCCUCCUAAAGUCAGGAUUUUCAUGUGGAGGGCAGUUCAAAAUUUGUUGGCCUCGGAUUUGAACCUUCACCAUAGACAUAUUUCUUGCUCGAGCAGUUGUUCUUGGUGUCAUAAGGACUGGGGUUCAACGGUGCAUUGUCUCAUCUUUUGCGAUGUUACUAGAGGGGCUUGGAAGAAAACUAAGUGGUGGCUGGUGCUUAAAAACAAGAAACAUCUCCUUCUUGAAGAUAUUUGCCGCGCGGUGAUUGAGUCUUCGGAUAGAGAGGGUUUUGAUCUGUUUUGUGUCUCGCUUUGGUGGACUUGGAGUUGGUUGUGCAAAGCCAAACAUGAUCGUGAUUUUAAAAAAGAUUUGGAGCUGGUGGUGGGGUGUGCAGAUUUCUUGUGUUCGUUCCAUGAGGCUCGCCGGACCUUUUUGACGAAAGACAGGCUCCUGCCCAACGUUGGGGAUUGCUCUUGGAUUCCACCUCCUGCUGGUUUAUUCCGGCUGGAUACAGAUGUUUCCAUCCAAGGGAACGGGGAGGCUACAGGGGCUGGUUUUCUUGUUCGCGAUCAUCGCGGGAAGAUCAUUGUUGCGGCUGCUCACCGAGUGGGAAGGACGGAAACUGUUCUGAUGGGCGAGCUUCACGCGAUGUUGCUCGGGAUUGGUUUUUGUUUGGAGAACCAGAUCGGACCGUUGUUGGUGUUCACCGACUCCUUUCUUACUGUGCAUGUUGUUCACGAAAACUCGGCUGGUUCGGAAUCCCUUUGCGACGAGCUCUUUGAAGUUUUCUCUCAUGCGCGUCAUCACCUUGUUUUAGAUUUUCGCCAUGCCCGUAGGGAAGCUAAUCGGGCGGCACACUGUUUGGCGAACUUCGCCGCUUCUUCCUUUGGUGUAAUGAUCUGGAAGUCGAGCUUCCCGGCUUGGCUUUCAGAUAUUGCGUCUCGUGACUUAAUAUAA